CCUCGCUUGGUCAUUGGGAUUCCAAUCGAACGGUAGGGAUAAUCCAUUUAGUAGGCUGCUGAUUUCUUCUCUCUUGAAAUUAAAGGUGAGAUAUGGAAAGAGAGCGUUGGAGGAGGUGUGAUUAGCGAGCAGUGGUUUUGCAUGGGGAUCCGUAAAAAAUCUAUUAAGUUAUAGGUCAAAUCAGCUCAAAUAUGAUUGACGUCCGUCCACACACUCACAGCUGCUGAAACGAUACCUAGCUACACGCUUUACUUACUACUUAAACUGGGGAGUGGGGCUCUACAAUUGCAUCAUCAUCAUCAUUUCCUUCAGUUCAAAAAAAUACAUACAUCUCUUUCUACUACAGUAGACCCACCGACUACAGAACCUUUGACAGCCUGUCAAAGCCUCCCCCCCUCCCCCUACUUUUCCUGCCAUUUGCUUGCUUGCUUGAUGCGCACACCUCUUUGAGCUGUUUCUCUUACGCUUUCCUCCCCCCCCCCAGUAUAAAUACGACAAAUCCACGAUCCUCUCUUCCACUCCAACCAGCUUUUUAGCUAAAACCCAAGACUUUAAGCAAUAGCUCACCACUCCAACCAGCUUUGAAUCACCAUGUCGCUUGUUUUCUUUUUAGCGAUUCUUAUCUCUCUCUUCUGUUCGAUCGACCCCGCUCUGGCUACUUCCCGGAAGCUCACCGCUCUAGUCGAGCAACAGCCGCUCCUUUUCAAAUACCACAACGGCGCUCUUCUCAAGGGAAAUAUCACUGUUAAUCUCGUCUGGUAUGGCGAUUUCACUCCCGUCCAACGCUCCAUUAUAGUCGACUUCAUCCAGUCCCUCAACUCGCCUCGGGCUCCGUUUCCUUCCGCGUCCUCGUGGUGGAAAACGACGGAGAAGUACAAGGGUGGUGCCUCCACCCUUGUCUUGGGAAAACAAAUCCUCCACCCGGCUUAUACUCUCGGAAAGUCGCUCAAAAGCUACCACUUGGUGGCUCUGGCCAACAAGGUAAACCAGCUGAACGCCAUUAGCGUGAUUUUGACGGCGAAGGACGUUGCGGUAGAUGGGUUCUGUAUGAGUCGGUGCGGCACCCACGGGUCUACUCGGCGGGCCAGUGGGAAAACUCGAACGGCGUAUGUCUGGGUCGGUAACUCGGAGACUCAGUGCCCGGGCCAGUGCGCAUGGCCUUAUCACCAGCCCAUUUACGGCCCACAGACGCCACCGUUGGUCUCUCCCAGCGGAGACGUCGGAGUGGACGGGAUGAUCAUUAACCUGGCCACACUUUUGGCCGGCACCGUCACGAACCCCUUCAACAACGGGUACUUCCAGGGCCCGGCCACGGCGCCAUUGGAGGCUGUAUCGGCAUGCACGGGGUUGUUCGGAUCUGGAGCUUACCCGGGUUACCCGGGUCAAGUACUGACGGAUAAGAGCAGCGGAGCGAGCUACAACGCUAACGGGGUGAACGGGAGGAAAUACCUCUUGCCGGCGAUGUGGGACCCAGAAGCAUCCGCCUGUAGGACACUCGUGUGAGGGAGAUGGUGAUAAACGAUGACGUGGCGUCACAUGUGUCAGAAAUUUGUGUUCGUAUGUAGAAUACCGAUGUCGGGUGGGUUUGGUGUUCAGGUGGUCCGUGUUAUGGGGAAAGGAAGCGGAUAGGGUUUCUGAUAUUUUUGUACACAUUUUAAGAUUGUCGUCUUGUGUGACGUGUAAAUUCCCUUUUUUGUUUCUAUAUAAAAAAGUUCGUAAAUUAUGAAA